CAACAGAAGCAAUCAACCAAGGCUACCAAGUCAAGCAGCUGACGAUACGACUCAGUUCUAAUGGCAGCGACAGCCUCAUCCAUGGCGGCCACCGCCGUCUUCAUACCACGCUUUCCCAUCAAACCCACCCGCUGCUCCGCUUUGCCUUACCUCCCUCCUCGCCUCUCCUCCCCUUCUUCCUUCCCUCUUAAAUCCUUCUCAGGGUCCCGGAGGCUUUCUCUUCAGGUCAGAGCUUCAUCUUCAGAAGAGACAUCCACAUCCGUCGACACUAAUGAACUUAUAUCAGACUUGAAGGAGAAGUGGGAUGCAGUUGAAAACAAGUCUACAGUACUUCUGUAUGGCGGUGGGGCGAUAGUCACUGUGUGGUUGUCCUCAAUAAUUGUUGGUGCCGUCAAUUCAGUGCCACUUCUUCCAAAGGUCCUGGAGUUGGUAGGGCUAGGAUACACUGGAUGGUUUGUCUACCGUUACCUACUCUUCAAGUCAAGCAGAAAAGAACUAGCUACAGACAUUGAGGCACUGAAGAAGAAGAUUGCCGGAACUGAAUAGAUCCGUAUGACGCGGUGGCAAACUUCAAGCACAUUUAUCGUCGACAUCCUUUCGUUUUGAUUCAUGUACGUCCACUGUAAGAGGCAUUUGUAUCCUGUAAUCUAAAAUAGGUUUAUAAUAUUUGAACUAUUGUUGUAGUCAUGUUAAUGUACUACCAUCCUUCAUCUUUGGAAUAAGAUUUGGCAAUUUUAUGUCA